AUGCUACCUUCGCGAUUGUUCACGUCUGUGCUUUCAAAGUUGAAUACAUCAUGGUACCGAGUAAUUGAUUCUACGCGCUAUUUGACAAGUUCUAAGGAAGUCGAUACGGCUGAAACAAUUCCAUCUGCAUUGGAUGCUAACGAUAAUUCAACUGUUGAAAGUGAUCUAUCAAAUGCAGUUAUGGACACUGUUAGUAAGGAACGGCUUGCCUUACCUUACAGUCAAAAAGCAUUGGAAACAUUAAAAUUAGACAAAUAUCCGUACUAUGUGGAACGUGAAUGGUGGAAAGAUGGUAAUAGGAUGACAUUUUGGUCAACAUGGCGAAUGAAACGAGAUGUCAAAAGGCGACAUUUGCUUGCUGAACUUGGCCCAGAUCGUGUUCGAUUGAAAGCACUGAAAUCUAAUAUUAUAUUACCGGAAUUGAUUAGAGAUGAAUGUGCAAAAAAGUUGCAUAAUUUACCCAAAGGAUCAUGUCCAAAUCUUGUUCAGCAUUUAUGUCAGUUUAGUGGUGCACGACGUGGUAAACUGAAUAGAUUUCAUCUUCAUCGACAGAUUUUCAGGCGUCUUGCUGAUCAUGGUCAAUUAUCUGGUGUGCAGCGAGGAGUUUGGUGA